CACAGCGCCCGGCUCGGGGUUGCGGCGGCAGCACCUGGGCCGCGAUUGGCGUCCGGCUGGGGCAGCGCCGCCCGCGCCCCUCGGCGAUGACCUCGGCUGGCGGCGCCCCAGGAGCCCUGCCCGCGGGGACUCCUGAGAGCAGCCUCCAUGAGGCCCUGGACCAGUGCAUGACCGCCCUGGACCUCUUCCUCACCAACCAGUUCUCAGAAGCACUCAGCUACCUCAAGCCCAGAACCAAGGAAAGCAUGUACCACUCACUGACGUAUGCCACCAUCCUGGAGAUGCAGGCCAUGAUGACCUUUGACCCUCAGGACAUCCUGCUUGCCGGCAACAUGAUGAAGGAGGCACAGAUGCUGUGUCAGAGGCACCGGAGGAAGUCUUCUGUAACAGAGUCCUUCAGCAGCCUGGUGAACCGCCCCACGCUGGGCCAAUUCACUGAAGAGGAAAUCCAUGCUGAGGUCUGCUAUGCAGAGUGCCUGCUGCAGCGAGCAGCCCUGACCUUCCUGCAGGGUUCCUCACACGGAGGGGCAGUCAGGCCCAGAGCCUUGCAUGAUCCCUCUCACGCCUACAGCUGCCCACCUGGGCCAGGCCGUCAGCAUCUUUUCCUCCUGCAGGACGAGAACAUGGUGAGCUUCAUCAAGGGCGGCAUCAAAGUUCGAAACAGCUACCAGACCUACAAGGAGCUGGACAGCCUUGUUCAGUCCUCACAAUACUGCAAGGGUGAGAAUCACCCGCACUUUGAAGGAGGAGUGAAGCUUGGUGUAGGGGCCUUCAACCUGACACUGUCCAUGCUUCCUACUAGGAUCCUGAGGCUGCUGGAGUUUGUGGGGUUUUCAGGAAACAAGGACUAUGGGCUGCUGCAGCUGGAGGAGGGCGCGUCAGGGCACAGCUUCCGCGCUGUGCUCUGUGUCAUGCUCCUGCUGUGCUACCACACCUUCCUCACGUUCGUGCUCGGUACUGGGAACGUCAACAUCGAGGAGGCCGAGAAGCUCUUGAAGCCCUACCUGAACCGGUACCCUAAGGGCGCCAUCUUCCUGUUCUUUGCAGGGCGGAUUGAAGUCAUUAAAGGCAACAUUGAUGCAGCCAUCCGGCGUUUCGAGGAGUGCUGCGAGGCCCAGCAGCACUGGAAGCAGUUCCACCAUAUGUGCUACUGGGAGCUGAUGUGGUGCUUCACCUACAAGGGCCAGUGGAAGAUGUCCUACUUCUACGCCGACCUGCUCAGCAAGGAGAACUGCUGGUCCAAGGCCACCUACAUUUACAUGAAGGCCGCCUACCUCAGCAUGUUUGGGAAGGAGGACCACAAGCCGUUCGGGGACGACGAAGUGGAAUUAUUUAGAGCUGUGCCAGGCCUGAAGCUCAAGAUUGCUGGGAAAUCUCUACCCACAGAGAAGUUUGCCAUCAGGAAGUCCCGGCGCUACCUCUCCUCCAACCCUAUCUCGCUGCCAGUGCCUGCUCUGGAAAUGAUGUACAUCUGGAACGGCUACGCUGUGAUUGGGAAGCAGCCAAAACUCACGGAUGGGAUACUUGAGAUUAUCACUAAGGCUGAAGAGAUGCUGGAGAAAGGCCCAGAGAACGAGUACUCAGUGGAUGACGAGUGCUUGGUGAAAUUGUUGAAAGGCCUGUGUCUGAAAUACCUGGGCCGUGUCCGGGAGGCCGAGGAGAAUUUUAGGAGCAUCUCUGCCAAUGAAAAGAAGAUUAAAUAUGACCACUACUUGAUCCCAAAUGCCCUGCUGGAGCUGGCCCUGCUGCUUAUGGAGCAAGACAGAAACGAAGAGGCCAUCAAACUUUUGGAAUCUGCCAACUCAAACAGGAGGAAAAGCAUCUCUGGGAGCAGGCAGCCUCAUGUGUCUGAUUCGCUGCUCAAUUCCAGGCAAAACUACAAGAAUUACUCCAUGGAGUCAAGGACACACUUUCGAAUCCAGGCAGCCACACUCCAAGCCAAGUCUUCCCUAGAGAACAGCAGCAGAUCCAUGGUCUCAUCAGUGUCCUUGUAGCUUUGUGCAGCAGUUCCGGGCUGGAAGACAGAGACAGCUGGACAGAGCUCCUGAAAACAUUUCAAAAUAUCCCCUCCCCCUGCCCUGCCCUGCCUUUGGGGUCCACCGGCGCUCCAGUUGGAUGGCACAACAUAGUGUAUCCGUGCAGAAGCCGAGCUGGCAUUUUCACCAGUGUAGCCAAGGGCCUUUGCCAAGGGCAGAGCAGGUGGAGCCCUCUGCCUGCCCUAUCACACAUACGGGUACUUGCUUUUCACUGUGAUGUUUAAGAGAAUGUAUGAACAGUUUACAUUUUCCUUAGAAAUACAUUGAUGGGAUCACAGUUGGCUUUAAAAACCAACAACAAUCAA